UCAAACAUUCCCAUCUCUAAUAAUGUGGUCACACUAGGGCUGCUGUUAAAGUAGUCGAAAAUUUAUUAUUAAAUAAGAAAUUUUGUCAGCAAAUAUGUUGAAAUUAAUUCGUCCGCGACACCUGGCAAAUAGAGCGUGCCGACUCUUAUCAACCCAUCAGCAGCCCAGUAGUUCUUGUCAAGAUGAGCUGAGUAGCACCGUCAAACGGAUCCGUGAGGAAAUGGCUGCUGACAAACAGAAACUAAACUGGCGUAAGCCAAUUGGCGACCGGCCAGAGGACUGGAAUAGCAAACUGAAGCUCUUCUCCGACUCGGAGCAGACUUCCGAUUUUAUAGUAAUGAUGCAGCAACCUCUUGACCUAAGUCCCUCAAAUCUGCGAAAUUGGUGGGACAAGCGAAAGGAAAGAAUUGAACGGCACAUGCAACAGUUCAUCCCAGAAAGGCACAAGAUUCUGGGACCUGAACUGGCGGCUGCCCACUUCAUACUUUAUCGCGGUGGUGCAGUCAAAUUUACUGAGGGACGACGCUGGCACCGAGCCACAGAGGAUGGCGAAUUCAGUUUACCCAAUAAAUUCAGUCCCGAUUAUAAGGUGGAAGCCUUACGAUGCGAUAAUAUGAUUCUAUACUUUGAAGGCUUGGAAAAUCUAAGAUGCCUCGAUCACUUAAAGUUUUUAUCCUUUCACAAUGUUUCCACCUUUGAUGAUUUCUGUCUGGACCGUGUUUCGGGCAGUGAAUACCCACGCCUCGAGGUAUUGGAUCUCUCAGGCACCAGAGUCACGGCCGAGGGCCUAUCCUGCCUUUAUCGUCUGCCUUCGUUGAAAUUGCUAAUUCUCAAUGAUCCCAAAGAAAAUCUGGAAAUGGAAUUGGCGACUGCUAUGCUGGAAGUCGCACUCGCCCCACUUAAAAUAGUCGCAUCUAAUGUUAUACAUCAAGAAGACGACAAUUAAAUGUUUUCUUAACAUGGCAAAUAUAAUCACAUAAAUAUUUA